GCUUUCUUGUUUUCAAACUGACAGAAACUGCGAAACGAAUUCAAGUCUCUUCAGCUAGCAAUCAUCUCAUAUUUUCAAAACACACCCAAGAAACAUUAAUCACACUAAAUUCUGCGGGAUCCCAUGGCCAGGACUCUGACAGAUCGGCCGAUAACAUGUAACUGGGGAAUUUUAACAGCUAUUUUACUGGCAGUUUCUCUACAGAUAUUUCUCUUCUCAUCAUCAUCUCCCGGCGUGCUUCAAAUCCCCCCACCCUCUUCCGUUUUGCCUGCUCCGUCCAACGGCAGACUUCAGGAAGUGAUCAAACUAGGAGAAGGACUGCUGAAGCAGCCAGAAGACGUGGCCGUGGACAGGACGGGAGUGGUGUACACGGCGACGAGAGAUGGGUGGAUCAAGAGGCUGCUGAGAAACGGGACGUGGGAGAGUUGGAGGCAAAUUGAGAGUACGAGCUUACUGGGACUAACCAUUACGACGGACGGCGCUGUGGUUGUAUGUGAUGCAGAGCAGGGUUUGCUUGAGGUUAGUGAAGAGGGUGUGAGGGUUCUUGUGUCGCAUGUUGAUGGUGCCCAGAUAAGGUUCGCGGAUGAUGUGGUUGGAUCAUCCGAUGGCACACUGUAUUUCAGCGUCGCAAGCGCAAAACACAGCUACGGGGACUGGCCACGGGACAUGGUGGAGGACAAGCCUCACGGUCAGCUUCUAACGUACGACCCUUCAUCGAACGUAGCAUCUGUGCUUCUUGAAGACCUCGGAUUUGCAAACGGUGUCGCCCUCUCUGCAAACGAGGACUACGUAGUUGUCUGUGAAACGUGGAAAUAUAGAUGCUUGAAAUACUGGGUGAAAGGGGAUGUGAAAGGGCAGACAGAGAUCCUCAUUGAUAAUCUUCCUGGAGCCCCUGACAACGUAAAACUUGCUCCAGAUGGCUCUUUCUGGAUCGCCUUGUUAGAGAUUGUUCCAAAUAGGCUGAGAUUUGUGUGCGGAUCAAGGGCGUUCAAAUACUUGAUAAGGGGUAUUCCGAAGCUGGGGCAUUGGGUGGUUGGUGCAUACAAUAGAGCAAUGGUAGUGAAUGUAGGAAGCGAUGGGAAGAUAAUAAGGGGGUUCGACGAUCCAACGGGGAAGGUGAUGGCCUUCGUGACAUCUGCGCUGGAGUUCGAGGGGCAUUUGUACUUGGGGAGUCUUCACACUGAUUUUGUGGGAAAAUUACCAUUGUAACGUACAAGAGAGCUUUGUUCAUACUUGGUCGAGUUUGCUAUGUGUGCUCAGACGUUCGAGUGUUUUGUAAUAAUUUCUACUUUUAUAUGUAAAUAAGUUAUUAAAAAAUGUUGUAAGUUACGUGUUAGCAAAAGUUGGUGGGUAACUGCUUAUUAGUUGUAAA